AUGGCUCGGUAUGGCGUGGCAACUGCCGCGGGCAGUGACAGAACACCAUUCCCAACUCGACAAAUGGCUGUACUUGCGUUAUGCCGGAUAUGCGAACCAAUCGCGUUCAUGUCGAUAUUUCCGUACGCUUACUUCAUGGUCGAAUCAUUCAUGAUCGGACAAAGCACCGCCCAGAUUUCCAUGUACACCGGCAUGGUCACCUCCUCUUUCGCAUUCAUGGAGUGCAUCAGUGGCAUUUUUUGGGGCCGACUUAGUGAUCGGGUAGGACGGAAGAAGGUGCUCUUAGGAGGUCUUUUUGGUACGGGACUGAGCAUGUUGCUGUUCGGCUUCUCUCAGAGCCUACCAAUGGCAUUGAUCGCGCGGGCUCUCGGGGGUUUGCUCAACGGGAACAUCGGCGUUCUCCAGACCACCGUCGCUGAGCUUGUAACGGAUGAGCGACAUCAGCCGCGCGCUUAUUCCAUCAUGCCUUUUGUUUGGUGCCUUGGCACCAUCAUCGGCGGAGCGCUUGGCGGCUUGCUCGCUCGUCCCGCCAACGUAAUGCCGUUUUUCCAGGACACCAUCUUUGAGACGUACCCGUUUCUUCUUCCAAACCUGGUCUGCACUGGAUUCGUGGUUCUUGGCCUUACCGUCGGCAUCCUCUUCUUGGAAGAGACGCACGAGGACCGCAAAUACGACCAGGAUAGGGGACGCGAAGCGGGGCAAUGGCUCCUGCGCAAACUUUGGAAGCGAGAGGCAGAGGCAACAUUCGACGACAAGGAUGCUUCGCUUGACGAGAUGCGAUCGAUGCUCAGCGACCAUGACCACAACGUGCAGGCCUACCGAAGCACUGACAGCUCGCCUACCCUGUGCAGCACGCGAACUUCCAUUUCAGAGGUGCCUGAAUUCGAAUUGGACAAGCAGCUUGCACCAGCGCCAACUUUCCGACAAGCAUUCACCAAGCAAGUGAUUCUCAAUGUGGUGUGCUACGGCAUUCUCGCUUUCCACACCAUUUCUCUCGAGCAACUCCUCCCGAUUCUCAUGUCCAAGGAUGUACCAGCCAAGGGUUCCCAGCACCUUCCAUUCCGCUUCGAGGGCGGCUUCGGGUGGUCAACCCAAACCACUGGAGCAUUCCUCGCUGCGCAAGGUUUCCUCCAGAUGUUCGCUCAGGUCAUCCUGUUCCCGUGGGUCAGCAAGAAGCUCGGCAGUCUUCGCACUUUCUGGAUUACCCUAGCCUGCUACCCAGUUCUUUACCUCCUUGCUCCUUACCUGGCUGUCCUUCCUGAAAGCUUGCGCAUUCCUGGACUCGCAGUUCUGCUUAUCGCCAAGGUUACCUUCCAGUCGCUCUCCUACCCAUCCCUGGCCAUCAUCCUCGCCAACUCAUCUCCAUCCAAGAAGGUCCUCGGCACGCUGAACGGAGUUGCAAUGUCUUCUGCCAGCAUCUCCCGCGGCUUUGGUCCUACCGUAUCAGGUGCCGUGGAUAGCUUGGGCACCUCACUCCACAUGUCUGGCCUUGCAUGGUGGACUAUCGCCGCUGUUGCUCUUCUUGGCUGGCUGCCUGGAUUUGCUCUCCAAGAGAGCAAGCGAUCGGCUUUCACUGCACAAGAAGACGAAGAGGCCCUCAUCGACUCCGACUCUGACGCAGAGUCUGUCAUCACUCUCACCCCGGACGAAAUCGAAAUCGUCCUCUCAAAAUAG